CUUUUUUACAGUUUAGAUUUUUUUUUUUGUUGUAGUUUUCUGUUGUAGUUGCGGUGUGGAUGUUUCUGUAUCCUGUCCGAAUUAGGCAAUAGCAUAAAAUUUCCACGAUUAAUCAAAAGCCAAAUUUCAACUUGUAAGUAUAUAAAUUUGGAUUUACAAGUGGAGUAAGUCAAUUGAAACAUGUCUCGUAGAUCCGGAAGAUCCAGAUAUUCGGAACAGCCACCGGAAUAUGCCGAUAACUAUGAAGCCGAGGGAGAAGAUGAUGAAGAUGAAGAAGAUGAAGUAAUACCUAAAGGUCAACCUGUAAGAAGUGGAAGUGGAAGUGGAAGUGGGAAAGGGAAAAUUGGAGAAGGAACAGAAACUGAACCAAUAGAUGGCGAUUUAGAAGUAGAAGCCGAAGAAGAGGAUGAAAUCGAUGAAGAAGAUGAACAAGAAAUAACUCGAUGUAUAUGUGGACAAGAUGAAUUAACUAGUGUUGAUGAAUCAAUAAGUGAAUUACUUAAUAAAGAAUAUAAUAUUAAUAAAAUUGAUCAAGGAUUAUUUAUUCAAUGUGAUAAAUGCUCAGUAUGGCAACAUGGAUAUUGUGUAGGAUUAUUUAUUAAUGAAGAUGUUCCUGAUAAAUAUUGGUGUGAAUUAUGUAAACCUGAUUUACAUAUAUUUAUUUAUGAUAAUUCUGGUGAAUUAAUACGAACAUUAUAUAAACCUACCAAUGAAAAGAGAAAGAAAUUAUUAGCCAUGGAUAUUCAUAAACCAUUUACUAAUAUUAAUAGUAGUACUAAUAAUAGUGGCAAUAAUAGUGGCAAUAAUAGUAGUAAUAAUACUAAUAGUACUAAUAGUACUACUAAUAAUAAUAAUAAUAAUAAUAGAUCAAAAAGUAAACGAACUAAUCCUAAUAUCAUUGAAAAAUCCCCAUCUCAACCUUCUAAAACUUUAAGAAAGGAAAGAAGACAUUAUGAAGAUACUUAUGAUGAACAAUUACAAAAGGCAUUACGUGAAAGUGCUAAGGAAUCCGGUAUUCCAUUAGGAUCUAAACGUGGUAAUUCAGAUAAUGGAUCUAAUUCUACUUUAUUAUCAACUUCAACUUCAACAUCAAAAAGAAGAUUGGCGAAAUCAGAUGAUUCUGAUGAAUCUCGUCAUAAUAAUCAUAAUAAUAUAUCUAAAUCAGAAAUUGAAUCUGAUCAAGAUCCAUCGAAUAUAGAAGAUGAUACAGAAUCUGCUAGUAAUUUAAAUAAUAAUAAACUGUUUAAACGAACUAAAUCUCGAGGGAGAGGAGUUAAAUCAAAAAAGACUAAAACUUCAACUCCUACUCCUAAAUCAAAUAAUGAAAAUGGAGGAAUUUCUGCAUUAACUAAAGAAGAAUUAAUUAAUCAACCAUCAAAACCAAGAUAUGUUAGUGAUAAAUCAAGUGUAUAUGAAUUAAGAAAAAGAACAGGAGCCAUUUUAGAAUGGUUAGGACGAUCACAAAUUGAAUUAGAAGAAGAUAAAUUAAAUAAAAUUGAAUUAUUUAGUUAUAAAGAAGAAAUUGAAGUUAAUGGAACAACUGAAAAGACUUCAAUAAAUGUUCAUGAAGAAGAGAAUAAUAAAUUAAUUGGGACAUUUAAUGAGAAUUUAAGUCUUAUGGAGAGAUUAACUGAAAAGAUACUUAAUUGGGAACAACAAUUUGGGAAAUAUGCUCCAUAGACACAGGAAAUAUGCUCCAUAGACAUUUAUAUUAUGUAUAUAUAUAUAUAUAU